GGAUCUCGGUAAAAAAAAAUGUCGACUGCGACGUAAAAUGUGUGGUUAGUUACAUAUUAUUUUGCGUACCAUGCCCAUGGCUUCUCAUGAAAAUGAAAGUACAACUAUGACUGCUGCUGCAUCGCUUAUUCAGGAAAACAAAUUAAAAGCUGCUCAACUGCAUUCUAUGAAUCAGCAAAUUAACAUCCUGGAACAAGUGAGCUAUCUCUUCCCUUAUAAUUUGUAUAUUUUAUAACUAAGUAUAAGUUUAAGUUAAUAAUUAAUUAUUUUAAAUAAUAAGUUAGAUAAUAUUAUCAAAAUGAUAAAUAUUCCAAUUUUGCUUCUACUUCUGGUGUGUCCUGAAGUCCUUUUCCGAAACCUUUGAUUGAUUAAUUAUGAUUCAUGGAAAUGAUCUUAAAUUUAAAUUGUAAUCUUAAGAUUGAUCAUUAACUUAAGUAUCAUAUUCAUAUUAAUUACAAUUACAUGCCUAGUCAUAGCUAGUAAAAUUUAGAUAGAUUUAAAUAUCUGAGUCUUUAAAUUAACAGAUUUUUUUUAAAAAAUGGAACAUACCAUGGAACAUGAUUAUCUAUGAUUAUGAUGAUAAAAUAAAAAUAAUUGCUGUGAUUGUGUAGUAAAAAUGUUUCCAAUUAUUCUUGAAUAAAAAAGCCCCAUCAUUUUUUUUUCUCUUUAAAUUGUUCUUAUUUUAUUCCUUCAACUUCAAGUAGACUGUACCUGUACUCUAGUAAAUCUAAGAGUAAGAGUAAGAAUAAAAUCUGUCUACUACAAAAUACAUUUUUGUUGUUGUUUUAAAAUUACUGUAAUUGUAGUACUUUAUCUUAGGAAGUUGAGUUGCUCAAACUUGAAAAAAAAUGGUGUUUUGAUGCAGAGGGAAAAAGGAAAAUCCCAACAGCUGAGCAACAGGCACUCAAGAUAUGCCAGGAACUUGUGUUAUAUCCUCACCUAACUGAGGGUAAGAAUAAAAAUAAUAUGUUGUACAAGUGAUUUUAAAUUCUCCUGAGUCAAAAUCAGAAAUUCACUGGGGACAUCUAUUAGCAACAUAAUUUGCCUAAAAAGAAACAAAUUUUAGUUGAUUUUUACAAUGCAUAGACUCAUAAGGGCUGGUGUAGCAUAAGAAAAAAGUUUUUUGCUUAAUGUAUUAUUGCAUUAUGAAAUGGCGUCAGCGGGCCUUUGCACCAAAGCUCUUUAUGCCUUUCCCAAAGAACACCCAAGCCUGAGUAUCGGUCCACAAAGUGACACGUUGGAGGGAGAUCUCCCCUGGCCAGGACAGCCUCUGCCAGCACCCACUCGAUCAUGUACCAGCCGAGGCCACCCCAGCCCAAGGACAGCUGGUCUGCCGGUGACGCUGCUCUCACAGCGUCAGCAGAUGACUUUCACAAGGGGUCAGGAUGGUAUAUUUGUGUCCUAAAAUCUUCCCCCUCCCAUCUGUGGUAAGCGUCAGGUGCCCUCUGAUUGGGAUUUCUACAGUGGGUUUCUACCUCACAACUAAUUUUCGAAGCAGUUGGGACAAAACGAUUGCCUAGGAACAGCUUUUUCAAGGCUGUAUGUAUUCAUUUAUCCUAUAUGUGUAUAAUAUUGUUUUUUUAUUUCAGAUGUUGUCAAGGCGCUGAGAAUGAAGCAUAUUGACUUGCAAACCAAUUUGUCAGAACUGCAACUGAAGUGUGAUGCCCUCAAAGAAUAUAUGAAAUAAAUUGCUGUUGUAAGACAGUAAUUCAUCCAUGACUGGUAUGACAGAGUAGUGUCAUAAUCAUAAGUUGUUAAGAUAGGGAGUUCAUUUUUGACAGUGGUAUAUAACUGAUCAGUGUGAUGGCUAUACAAUGUAAAAAUGGGAGUUCAUUUUUGACAGUGAUAAACAAGUGUUUAGUGUGAUCAUUACACAUUGUUAAGAUUGGUAGUUUAUCUGUACAUAACUGAGCAGAGUGAUUAUUAUAUUAAGAUGUAAAAGAUAGUAAAUCAUUUGUUAUAGUGGUAUGGAUACAAGACAAACAAAAAUCAAUGUUUAUAUACAUAUUGCAUUUUAUUCCAUGUUAUCUCUAUGAAAGAGAAGUCUUUCUCAUAUUCAAAGCAAUUUUUAUUUGUUAUUAAUAACAUGAUUUGUAACAUAAGUACAUAAUUAAAAAAACAACACUUUUUUGGGGUUUGUUCUAUUUCAUAACUUAUUGUUAUGCAUGAUAUGCUAAGUCUGUUUACCCUUGUGAAAGCCUGAUGACAUAAUGUA